AUGUCGGCCGAAGGAGCGAAGAAAAUCAUUGCAGAGGUUUCCGGUCAUGAUGUUGAUCAGUUGGUGCGCACGGCUUCCUUCACGGUGGAAAUUGAAGAGUCCGUCCGUGGCCAUAUUCACCAGGAGCUGACUAGUUGGCUCUUCUUUCGCAAAUUGGCUGCUGAUUGUUCCCGAAGCAACAUCUCCUUGCAUGGAUUCGCGCGAGUCUGGGAGCGCUCGGCGGCAGAGUGCUUGGCUGACUUCAAGUGGCUAGAGAAAUACCUUGUGUCACGUGGAGGACGCUCGAAGCCUACAGCAAUCGAAGCUACCAAGUUUGAGUGGCCUGAUAACCCGGUUGAGCCUGUUGGUCCCUGUAAGGAAGCACUCUUCGUGGAGAAGAGUCUGUUAGAGGAUCUACAACGGCUUUGCUCGUUGGCAGACAAAUCAGGAGACAUUGCAUUGAGAGACGCCAUUCAAAACAGAUUUAUGCGCAAGGAAACGAGGCACGUUAAAGAUCUCGCAGACCUCCUGCAGCAGGUAGUCCGAGUCUCCAAGCAGCCUGGUCUUGGUCUCUACCUCCUGGACCAGGAACUACGUCAUACUGACGGGAUUGUUCCAUGGGACAGCGUCGAUGAACCUUCCCAACAGCACGCUGGCACACCGGAGAUUUAG